AUGGCACCCUCGAACGCACGAUCCAGAUCCACUCGCCCUAUGCGGUCCAGUCGCACCAAGGUCAAGACUUAUCAUGAAGAAACAUCCUCUGAUGAAUCAAAUGACGUACCCAGAUCUGAACGUGCAUCUUUGUCCCUUCGUUCGCGCAGUGGGACUCGAAUGCCGAGGUCCUAUCGCGAGGAGUCCACUGAUGCCAGCUUUGACGAGCCAGUGGAAGAAGAAGAGGUAGCGGUGGGUGUAGCUCCGGCGCUAGAACAAAUCCCAGCAUCCGAAAACCUGCCUACUCCUCGCCCUUCCAGACAGCCACCUCCUCGGCGCACAACAACUCCAAAACCAAAGCAGACCAAACGGCCAUCCAAGCGCAGGAGUCAGGUGGGAAAGGUUUUGCGCAAACGUGUCAAGACCGACAAUGAUUGUGGGAUUAUCCUCGGAUCAGGUGUCAUUCCCCCCUGGCAAACUCUGCCAUAUCAUAUACUCCUCGACAUUUUCUUGCGCGCGUCCUAUCCAUUGCUUGACGAGGGACGAUCGGACCGCAAUGAUUCUGUCAAGUGGCUUCUAAAUACCGCUUUACUCUGCCGAAGCUUCUACGAGCCUGCGCUUGCUGCUCUCUAUCAAUGCCCGCCGCUUUUGCCAGCCCACAAGACCCAUGCGCUGUUCAACCUGUUGACGCAACCACCGGAAUCACUCUCCAUGAACUAUGCCAGCAAGAUCAAGAACCUUCAUCUUGAAGUGGAACCACUGUUACUAUAUAAAAGUGGACCAACUCUCGGAUAUUUUGAUCUCGCUAAAUUGAUCGAGAAGACUCCUCAGGUGCAUACCAUUCGACUUUAUCACAAAGACGACUACACCGUCGGAAUUCCUCCAUGGCAUAUCGUCCCUUCGAGAUGGAGUUAUCAAGAUCCUCUCUUUUUCGCCAUCAGAGAUGCUGGUAUAAUUCUCCGGAGUUGGGAUUGGAACUGCCGCUUCACAGGAGAAGACGUCCUUCUCGAGUUUAUGCUUGACCAACAUCAGACACCGGCAUACCGCGGGCUCAAAGAGCUCAAGUUGCUCCACUUCAAUGAUACCCCCACAGAAGACUCACUUGACAAAGGGAACCUGCUGGCGAGUUCACUCAGCGUGCUGUCUGACAUCCAACGAUUGGAGUUCCUCGAAUGUUCUCUGGUCAGCGCCGAGAUUUUGUUCAACGUACCACGGACACUCCAAUCGCUCACGUUGAGAAACUGCGAUAGAAUGUGGUCAGAAGACCUCAAAGCUUUCUUAGACUCACAUGGCACGAAUCUCCGAGAGCUGAACCUCAGCCACAAUCGCCAUCUCAGCAUGUCUUUCAUCCCAACCUUGGGCGAGUCAUGUCCCAAUCUCACGAUUUUCAAGAUGGAUGUUUCAAUGCACGACGGAUCAAGUUACCACGAUGUCGAACCACACUUUGAUGCACUGCUUGUGAAAACACAGGUACCCACCUGGCCCACCAAGCUCCAAGAAAUUGAGUUGACCCAGUUGCGCAAAUGGGAUGAUGCUGCUGCAGAGGUAUUUUUCACCUCGCUCGUCAAUGCAGCGCCGGGUCUUUCCGACCUGCGCAAACUGGCAAUCAGCGCUAUACUGAAAAUUGGGUGGCGGGAUCGUGCUACGUUCCGCGAAAGAUGGAUCAGUCGACUCGAAAAAGUCUUCUUGCGCCGCAGCCCUCCGCCAGAUCCUAACAUGCGUUCCCUUCGCAAGCGCCAGAUAGGCCCUAGCAGCGCGAUAUUCGCUAAAGCGGAAGAGGGAGAAGCGCGGGCAAACGAUUCAAACACCGCGGACGGGGAAUCAUCAGUUCGGUCGAAACGACAGAGCACCCGUCUAGCCAAACAAAGCUCUGAUGAGGCGCUCGAGGCUGCGGCUAAUCAGUCACGGGGCGCCUCGCCCUCGGAUGACGAGAAUAUUCAAGGAAUGUGUGAUGUCGUCAGUAUUCGAAUUGACAAUCAACGACCCACAGAGCUGCAAUAUAACGAGAACGACUUCCUCGAUGAUGAACUCAGCGGAGACGAGGACUGGAAUGGCAAUGACUUUGAGCCAGCCCCAGGGAGUGCGUGGUAA